UCGCUGUGAGUCAAUAGGCAUGAUAACACUUGUAAAAGCCUUCACAGUGCUGUUGCCUCACACCCCGCCUCUUCAAUGCACGCAGCCCAGAAGCCCCCAAGGCUGUCGCUGACGGAGAUACCGAGACAGAGUAGUAAGGAAGGGGGUGGGUCAGGAGACAAAUGCUCACUGGAAGCUGUGAGCUCGACUGGCUCAUUCUCCUGUCACACGCUUAGAGAGCAGGACCGAGACUGCGUGUCUAGCCCUUUACCGCAAACACGAUGUGCUGUACGCCUUCUGCAGGUGCUCUGAGAUUUCCAGACGUAGAACAAAGACGGGACUAAUUGAAGGAUCCUGCAAGAAGGGGGAGAGAGACUAUCAUUUGGAGUUUGUUAACAAGAAGAAGAUUGAUUUCCUCCAAUGGGAUUUACUUGUUGUGGAAACUCAUGUGGUAUUGCUCAAGUCAAACUGGAGGGAAAGACAGCGUGACUUCAAACUUUGGAGUAAGUAACUUCUAACCUUGGGGCUAGAGUCCUGUGGGGUGACUUGGGAAAGGGCAAAUAGAAGGGGGAGGGGAAGAGGUAGUUGGGGUCUGGCUCCAGUCUCUGGGGAAAAAUGCUUUCAACAUGAGCUAACCCCCCCGCAGAACCCAGCACGCUUUGUUAAAGACUGCCGGCGUGAAGCGUUUGAUCACUCGCAGCAAACACAUUUCAAGAGAUCUAUGCAUCCUCGAAGGCAGGAGCGCCUUGCGUUUUGAAGCCAUCCAUCUGUCGCCCAUGCUUUAUUUCCCCUGUUAAAUCUUGGACUGAGGGAAAUCCUCUUAUUGUUUUGUCUUCGCCCAACUGCCACCCCGUAGUGCACCUUUGUUUCACGGCGAGAUGUAUAACACAACUUCUCUGAUGGAUGUUUCGAUCCAUUCCGUCUCUGAGCAUGGGAACAACGUCACUCAUUGCCCGAAGAAUGAUGGCUUUAAAUAUCCCCUCUAUAGCAUUGUCUUCAGCAUCGUCUUCAUGGUGGGACUCAUCACCAACAUGGCGGCCAUGUACAUUUUCACCUGUUCCCUGAAACUGAGAAACGAGACCACCACGUACAUGAUAAACCUGGUGGUGUCCGACUUGUUGUUCGUUCUUACGCUGCCCUUGCGGGUCUUUUAUUUCAUUCAGCAGGACUGGCCGUUUGGCAGCCUGAUCUGCCAGCUCUCCGUCUCGCUCUUUUACACCAACAUGUAUGGGAGCAUCCUGUUCCUCACCUGCAUCAGCGUGGACCGCUUCCUCGCCAUCGUCUACCCCUUUCGCUCCAGGGGGCUUCGAACCAAACGAAACGCUAAAAUCGUCUGUGUGGCCGUUUGGAUUCUGGUGCUCUCCGGAAGUCUCCCGACGGGCUUCCUGCUGACUAGUACCAACAUGCAAAACAACACGACAGCGUGCUUCGAGAACUUCUCGUCGAAACAGUGGAAGAGCCAUCUGUCCAAGGUGGUGAUCUUUAUCGAGACGGUGGGCUUCCUCAUCCCACUGAUCCUGAACGUGGUUUGCUCUGCUAUGGUGCUCCAGAUUUUGAGGAGACCCCAGACCUUCAGCCAGGGCGGGAAGCUGAACAAAAAAAAGAUUUUGAGGAUGAUCAUCGUCCACCUGUCAAUCUUUUGCUUCUGCUUCAUACCUUACAACGUCAACCUGGUGUUCUACUCCCUAGUGCGGACGAAUACCUUAAAGGGGUGCGGCGUGGAAUCUGUGAUCCGGGCCAUCUAUCCCAUCGCUUUGUGCAUUGCCGUGUCCAACUGCUGUUUUGAUCCCAUCAUCUAUUACUUUACAUCAGAGACGAUACAGAACUCCAUCAAGAGAAAGUCGCAGAACAGCAAUAUCCUUGAUGUGAAGUUCUCUGAGGCUUUGCAGUCAGAAACGACCUCCACACUUCAGUUCAGUCUGAGGACCAUAAAGAACAAGAUGUUUCACAAUGAAUCUAACGUAUGAGGAGAUACAAGGACGGAUGGAGUGAGUGAAACUAAGCACCGUGUGACAUGUGGAACACUCCCAGAUUGGGUUAGUUAAUAUGGCUCAGCGCAAAGAGUAAACUGUUCCCUUUCGAGAGGGAUUUAACUUCAGAUAUACUUUAACCCAAUGCAGGGCAGCACACCUGUUUUCAAUGGGAUUAUAUGCAAACAUUUGGAAAGUGUGGAGUAAAAACUGGAACUAGAUUAAAAUAGACCAGAAUGUAUGUGAAUGUGCUUAGAUUUCAGAAAUGGUAAGUCAAUGUAGAAAUAACAUUCGAUAAUAUAACCACUAUUUAAAAGGAAUAUAAGUACACAGAACCAUUAAUGUAUCUUAUUAACUUCGAAUGACUACACACACUGACUGCCUGAAGUGUCAUAGUAUUAACAAGCUGAACUCUAUUGAUGGCACUUUAUACUUUUUUACAUACUGUACUUAACUUUGCACUGACAUUGAUGCUGUCAUAAGGCACUGUUUAUUUGCCUCGCAAACUUCACUUAAAAAUAAACUUUUUAAAUGAAA